CUUCCGUUGGCGUGACUGGAGCCGCCCUGCCAACCCGCUUCUCUACACCGAUUGGUUCUUCUCUAAGAGUACAGGAUAAGAGGGGGGGAAAGUGAGAAACGCGACAGGAUUGACACGCGACGGCCGCCGUAGCGGAAAUAGGUGGACUGCGCGUGCGCGAAGCGAUGUGUGGACGGCUGUUUGAGAUCGCAUUUGGUGUUGCAAGAAGGGAGGAGGAAGUCAUCCGUCUUUCGCAGGGGAAAGACGCUUAGUGGCUUCUGUCCGCCGCCCUUCAGUAAUGCUGAGCCUUUAAACCACUAAGUUUGGUUGUUAGGAAGCUUGUGACUAUGAGGAUUAACCAAAAUACUGUAUUGCAGGGGAAGAGAGUGACUUUGGUACCGUACACUUCUGCUCAUGUACCAAGAUACCAUGAGUGGAUGAAAUCAGAAGAGCUACAACGCCUGACUGCAUCUGAGCCACUAAGCCUGGAACAGGAAUAUGACAUGCAGCGCAGCUGGCAAGAGGAUACAGACAAAUGCACAUUUAUAAUACUUGAUACAGAGAAGUGGUCCAGGCAGUCAGUCACUGAGGAAGACUGUAUGGUGGGAGAUGUAAAUUUGUUCCUCACAGACUCUGAAGAUCCAACACUGGGAGAGAUUGAAGUCAUGAUUGGAGAGGCCAGCUACCGUGGCAGAGGUUUUGGUAAGGAAGCCACUCAGAUCAUGAUGUCCUAUGGAAUAAUAUCCCUGGGACUUGUCACCUUUGAGGCUAAAAUAGGAUUAGACAACAAAGCCAGUAUCAGCAUGUUCAAAAAGCUUCAUUUUAAGGAGGUGGGCGUAAACAGUGUCUUCCAAGAAGUUACUCUCCGACUAAAGGUGGAUGAACAAGAGAGAGAAUGGUUGCUUGAGCAAACCAGCCAUGUGGAUGAAAAAAAAUACAAUAUCGUAAAACUAGAGAAUCAGGCUUGUGAUUGCUGAUAGCAUUUCUGGAUGCAUGGGCUUCCUAACUCUCCCUAGGCCGGAUUUCAAAGCAUCAGUGACAUUUGAAAACGCUAUGAAACUGUACUGGAUCAGAAUUCAAGUUCUCCUGCUACCCUCCAUACCCCCAACAUCCAGUUUCAUUGCAAUGAACCAUUUCUUAUUUAUUUAUUUAUUCUAUUAUUUGUAUCCCGCCCUUCCCAUAAAAAUGGCUCAGGGCGGCUCACAGCAAACAAUAAAACAGUUUAAAUUAUUAUUAUAUUUUAUUAUAUAUAUAAACCUUUAAAAGUUUAAAAAACAUAAAAAGCAUUUUUAAAAGCAUUUAAAAAACAUAAAAACCUUAACAUCUUAACAUCAAAUCUAUACAGUAUCUAUACAGUAUCUUAACAUCAAGUCUAUACAGAAGUCUAAUAAGCUGCAUUUAUUUCCAGUCAGGUGUAAGCUAGCCGGAAGAGGGUUGUCUUGCAGGCCCUGCGGAACUGAGCAAGGUCCCGCAGGGCCCUCACCUCUUCCGGCAGCUGGUUCCACCAUGUAGGGGCCAUUAUGGAAAAGGCGCUGUCUCGGGUUGUCUUAAGACGAACUUCCUUAGGCCCGGGGAUGGUGAGAAGGUUUUGAGUCCCAGACCUCAGUACUCUCUGGGGAACAUGUGGGGAGAGACGGUCUUAGUUGGGAAAAAAAUCCUUCAUAAUUAAAACUGAGGACAUUCAACAAUUGUUUACAGUGCAGACACCAUUUUACAUUGUUUUUUGUGACUCUCUUAGGCCUAAAUUCUCCUGUCCUGCAUAAAGACUAUGCUUAAAGUACAUCAGUGUGUCUUUGUAUGCACACCAAAACAAAAAAAAAAACACCCCACAUCUGAGCCAUUUUUUCAUUUCAAGAGUCAAUAAAUAGUUCUGAAAACAGAAGCUUUUUUUGGGGGGGGUGUUGCUUUAUAUUUGCAGCUCUCCAGCAGUGAUGCUUCAGUGAACUCCUGAGGAACAAAAUGGGAGACAAAGAAAGCACAGAGGACUCAGACAGUGGGUUGGAACCAGUGGAGGGUUUCGUGUCAGAGGACUGGAUUUUUGACAGUUCUCUCUCUAUGGUAGACCUUUCAGUUCUGUUCAGCAGGAAGGGAUGUCCCCUCAGGAACAGCAUUUCAGAACCAUUGGGGACUACAGCAAGAGCAGGGAGGCAAAACAGUUGUGCUCCAUUGAUAGAAAUGUUCCAUCAGUGGAAAUCUUCAGUGGAUCAAAGCCAGGGAAUGUAGGCAGGAGGGGCCGAAAUCUUCAGGUGUUCCCUGUCUUUACCAAAGGCCUGGAGGAACAACUUUGUUUUACAGGCCCUGUGAAAUUGCAUUAAAUCCCACAGGGCCCUGAAGUGAGAGCAUGUUCCACCAGGUCGAGGCCAGGGCAGAGAACGCCCUGCUGGGCGAAGCUAAACGGAAAUGGCUAUAACUAUAUAGCCUAGGCUCAAUGCUGUGUGUAAAUUUUACAAUAAAGGAAUUAAAUAUUAA